UGCCUGUCCUGCCCCUUCACUGUGACUCUGCAAAACAGCGGGGCGGUGGCGGUGACGAUGGCGAUGGCCAGGACAGGAGGAAGCAGAGGGGCUCGGCUGGGCGCUGUGCUCCUCGGGGCGGAGCGGCAGGCUCAGCCGGCCGGGCAGGAGGAAGGACGAGGCCAGCUCCUGGUAGCAGCAAUGGCGGAGGACGGAGACCGGAGCAUCCACACGCAGCACAUCUCGGCUGUGCACAACGUGCCCAUGAGUGUCCUCAUCCGGCCCAUCCCCGCGGAGCUGGAGCCGGGCAAGGUGCAGAGCCUGAUGGAGACCCUGCAGGAUCCCGAGCGGGUGCCCCCCAUUGAUGUGCUCUGGAUCAAGGGCAGCCAGGGCGGGGAUUACUUCUAUUCCUUCGGGGGCUGCCACCGCUUCGCCGCCCACCGGGCGCUCAACCGGGAGACCAUCCCUGCCAAGAUCAUCCCGUCCACCCUCAGCGACCUCCGCACAUACCUGGGCUCCUCCACGCCCCACCUGCGCUAGCCCGGUGCCCCGUGGGCUGAGCCGGGCCUGAUCCUGGCUCCCCGUGACCCUCCGGUGGGGUCAUGGUCCCCCCGGUCCUGGGUGGGGUCCCUGCUGGGAUGGGGUCCCCCCCGCGCCCCUCCAGCCGGGAUGGGAUCAAGAUCUCGCCGGCGCCGGGAGGCUCCCGGGGCGGUGCUGCGCGGCGGGGCCGGCAGGUGGCGCCAUUGUGCCGCGCUGCGCCGCCCCGAGCGGCCGCGGGGACCGGGACGGGACGGAGCGGAGCGGGUCAACCGGGGCGGGACGGGACGAACCGGGGCGGGAUGGGACGAAGCGGGACGGGAUGGGACAAACCGGGAGGGGAUAGACCGGGACGGGAUGAACCAGGGCGGGACAGGACGAACCGGGACAGGAUGGACCGGGACGGAGCAGGGUGAACCGGGGCGGGAUGGGACGAACCAGAACACGAUGGACCGGAAUGGGACGAACCUGGACGGGAUGAACCGGGAUGGGACGGGAUGGACUGCAUGGGAUGGGAGGGGACGCAACAGGACGAACCGGGACAGGAUGAACUGGGACAGAAUGAGAGGGGACGGGACGAACCUGGACAGAACGAACCGGAAUGGGCUGGGAUGGGAUGAACCGGGACAUGGUUCAACCGGGACGGGAUGGGCUCAACCAGGUCACAGCUCAGCCGGAACAGGCUGAACCGGGACUUGAGGGGCUGAACUGGGACACGACUCAAUCGGAACAGACUGAAUCGGGACGGGAUGGGCUGAACCGGGGCAUGGCUCAACCGGGACUGGCUGAAUUGGAACGGGCUGGAGCGGGGCACGCCGGAACUGGGCCAGGUCACAGCCCAUGCAGGGCACAGCCGAACCGGGAAGGGAUACAGGCAAACCGGGACACAGUGGAAUCGGGACACAGCCAUACCAGGAGGAGGCACAGCCGAACCAGGCACAGCCAGUUCCCAGACCCCACCAGUGGCUCUGGGCUCCCCCUGUGCCUGGGCUGGGAGGACCCUGAGCUGUGCCUGCACUGAAUCCUCCUGGCCCCAUCCCUAGACACAUCCUGUGGUCCCCUUGUCCAUGGGGGAGGUCUCUGGAAUGGGGUGGGGGGGCAUUGAUUACUGCAGCUGGAAUAAAGGCAAUGAGACCCCCGCGGCUAUGGGGCCUGGUACUGGGGGAGGAUGGGGUCAGGAGCAGAAUGCAGUGGCACAGCCUGGCACGGUGUGGAGGCCUGGCACCUGCAAGAACGGGUGGCUGUGGGCACAAGGGACAGGGAUGGAUGCUAUGUUGGGGACCAUGCUCUGCAAGGGGACAGCUGCUUUGCUGGCGGAUGGAGGGUCUCUGGGGGGAUGGAAGAUCUCUGAGGGCAUGGAUGCUGUAUUCGGGAUGGAUGCUGUGCUGGGGCACAGAUGCUGUGCUGGGGCACGGAUGCUGUGCUGGGGACGGAUGGUCUACCAGACCACACUGGCAUGCAGCUGAAGCCAGAGUCAGCUCUGGCCUGGCUGUGGGAGCACAUGCAUGCUGGGAUGCUCUCAUUUCUGCAAACGCCACGUCUUCACCCCAUGUGCGGGCUGCAAAAACCACCCGGAGCAUCCCAUGGGUGUCUCGGCAUCCCUUCUGAGCCGGGAAGCUCAGUCCAGGGAGGGGAAAGGCCACUGACUCACCCCACCGUGCUGUGAGUCAGCAGCAGGACUGGGACAGGAACCGUGGCUGGACACUUCUGUCCUCGCUCUGCCCCCUCGGCCACGCUCCUCCCCAGAUGGAUCCUGUCCUCCCAGGGCAGAAACGGGCUGGGGAGAGGGGUUGGGAGGAGGCCAUGCAGCUCUGCGGGGCAGCGUGCACGGUGGGAGCUGGCAACACCGCCCGCUGGACGGGGCACGCUUUGCCACCGCCUGCCAGCACGGCGUUUCCGCAGGAACCACUUGGGGAGGAAAAGCAGGGUGGGCUGGGGGCUGCUGCUGUGCCAGAGCCUCCCUCCGGCCCCUUCCCUCACCUCCACGAAGGAAGGGGCCGGAGGGAGACUCCGGCGCGGCAGAGCUGCAUGUGCCGCAUCAAAGCCGCGCUCCGCCGGGAGGAAGCCCUGCAAGCGUUCACCGAGAGAGCAGCCCUGGCCCGCGGCUCCCUGAUGGGCCAUAAAUUUCUCGGAAGAAUUGUGGCGUGCUAAAAAGUUUCCUCUUGUUAGAGAGCUGGGGCGGCGGGGGAGGGAGGAGGUGGCAGCUCCUGUGGCAGAACGGGACAUCCCCUUCAAAUGGGUGGCCCAUGGCAGGGACUUGUUUUUGCCCAGGCCCCAGGCUGUGCCCCAAGUGCUGGGCAUCUCCUGUGGGCUCUGCUCGCCCCCUUCUCCCGGGGUUUGUGCCCCUUACAAAGGGAGCUGGGUGUGAGGCAGCUCAGCAGAGCUGGGACCACACGAGGGGGGAUGAACCGAGGCUGCCUGAAUCCUACAACCCCCUCUCCCACGUGCCUGCACCUCACAGGGGCUUCUUCCAGCUGGGAGACUCGCUGCAGGGUCCACUCUUCCAGCUUCCAUCCCCUGCGAAAGUAUGCCAGGCCAUCCCUGCCAGCCCAGCCCCGCGGGUGCCCCGUGACACUGCUCCUGGGGCUUGGUGGCACCGGCACGUCCCCGGGGCUGGCACGGUGCAGGCAGUGUGACCUGACUCCCAGCCUGUGCUGCCGGUGCCGCAAACCCCUGGCUGGCACAGGAGCGGGUCUUGCCAGAGCUGGCGAUAUCUGCAUCGGCUCCAUCUAUCUGCAUCGGCUCUGUCCGUCCGUCCCUCCAUCCCUCCACCUGUCCCCCUUCCCUCUGCCUGACCCAUGAGGUCUCCGGUGUCGCCGGCUGACAGCCGAUCCUGGCUGCCUCCAAUCCAUUCGUUCCAGGGCAGGAACAAAGGCGCUUUGUGGGCUCCCCCCCGGCCUGGGGCAGGGGUGGGGGGGGGUCCCGGCUCCGGAACUGGGACAGACUUCCCCGUGCGACAGGCGUGUAAUGCCUUCCAGACCAGCAGCCCCGGCCCGCAGGUACAGCCCUGCAGGCAGAGGGGGCCUGGGGCUCCCACGCUGCCCCGGGGACACACUGGGACACCCUGACGCAGCCCCGACCCCGGGGGGGGUGGUGUCAGGCAGGGACCUCUCCCAGGUCAGGGGCUGCUCUCGUAGAGAAAUGCGCCUGCUCCCCAAAAGGUUUCACGACACCCCAUCCCCUUGAGCCCGUUUCGCUGCUCCUCCCCAGCCAAGGGGGGUCCCAGGUUUGGCGGCUCUAGUCUCCCUGACUGGGCAAGCAGGGACAGCCACCCUUUGGAUGAGACCCCGUCCCAGUGGGAAGCAGCUGGACUCGGAUGCUGCAUGAGCCCGGCCGGCCAGGGCAGAGCUGCCCGAGCUCGUCUGCAACAGGGCAGCACCGCGGGGCUCACCUGAACUGCCCCAAAUCCGGGGAGCUGCAGGUAGAAGGGCAAGUUCUGGCCAUCCCCCUGUGCUGGGGGGCUGACUGGGGGCUGUGGGUGAGCAGGGCCAGGCAGCGCCCUCAGGG